AUGGCUCGCAGCUCAACUCAAUACGACUACCUCAUUAAGCUCCUCAUCAUUGGCGACUCAGGUGUAGGAAAAACCUGUUUUCUCCUUCGUUUUUCAGACGACAACUUCACAGCUUCCCAUCUCACAACAAUUGGGAUCGACUUCAAGCUGAAAACAAUAGACAUCGAAGGCAAAACCAUCAAGCUCCAAAUAUGGGACACGGCAGGCCAAGAACGCUUCAGAACCAUCACGCAAACGUACUAUAAAGGCGCCAUGGGAAUCAUUCUUGCAUAUGACUGCACUGAUGAGAAAUCCUUCAACAACAUCAGAAACUGGGUCCAGCAAAUCAAAAUGCAUGCCAACGAAAACGUCGCCAAAGUGCUUAUAGGAAACAAAUGUGAUAGGCCUGAUAAAAAAAUCUCGACAGAACAAGGCCAAGCUUUGGCAAAUGAGUUAGGCAUACAGUUUUUCGAGACCAGCGCAAAAACUAAUAUCAAUGUCAAUGAGACUUUUCUGCAUAUUGCGAAAGAAAUUAAAGAUAAAAAGCUAGGAGAAGCGCUGGGGGCAACGAACACGGGAGUGAGAGUUCAGAAAGCACAGGGUGGAGCCAAGAAGAAGGGCUGUUGCUAA